GUCAUUAUGUAUUGUUUGAUAAUUUGUUUAAUUCUUACCAGGUAUUGGGAGUUUCACCAUUCAGCCUGUGGGAAACUAUACCCGUGCCAUAAUAAAGAAGAAGCCAGUGAUGCAAAGUCAGUUGAGUGAUCUUCCUCCGACAAUGCUGAAAAUGGAAUAUGCCGCUGUUCCACUCGCUCAAACAGCUGAUGACCUGAUCAAAAGACUUCUGACACUGGAACUAGCAAGCCAUAGCGAAAAGUUGAAAUUGAAAACAGAGCAGCUGAUUGCAAAAGUCUGGAGGGAUGAAGCUGACCGCAGCUCUACAGAAGUCAAGGGACAAAGCGAACAAGCGAUGGAUGCUCAUGGCCAUUGACCGCAGAAAAAAGCUGCUCAAGCACCUAAGGGUGACGUGCUAUGACGCCUUUGAACAUGUCUGCCAGCAGCUGGGCAUCACCUACACUUUCCCCCCGGAGUACUACAGACAUGCCACCCUACGCUGGCUGGCCAAGAAGGCCCUGUGCAUAAAGGUAUUCAAAGAGGUGCAGAAACAUAAACUGGAGCAAAGGAAGAAAAUUAAGCAGACCCCUCCCCCCAAACUGGCAGAACCAGCCAAAACAGCAGCUACAGGAACCCAAUAAACUACUACAGUAUCCAAUGUCUGUCUUACUCCGAUGCAUUCAGUAUUGCACUCAAUGGGCAAAUUAGUUUUGCAUGGCACAGUGUCUCAGGUGGGUGGCAUUUGUUCCUUUUUGACUAUUCCAUUUGUCCUAAGGAGAAAUCUCCACCCACCAAUGCCACCAGGCCAUGUAAAAUACAUUUUCCCAUGUAUUGCUAUACUGUAAUAAGAAACAUUAAUAACGUAUUGUUUGUAGUACACUAAGUCUUCAUUCUUCCUGUCCCCAAUGCAUGUUGAUGCAUCAUCAAACCACAUUUGGCCCAAUAAAUGCAGUGACGCAGAUAUGUGGUUUUGGUGUGGGCAAUAUCUAUGUGCUCAGCAUAUGUGAUCUGAGACGAUCAAAUAAACCCACAAUUAAUCAUUGAAUUUAAUAAAAUAG